AUUUAAAGAUGUUAGUCAAUAAGCAAGCUAAAGCUAUUCUACGUUUGCUUUCUAAUCCUUAUUUCAUGAGGAGAUGUGCCAUAAAUUUAAGGAGAACAAUUAAAACAACUUCCCAUCAUUUCCAUGCUGGUCCUUCAAAUAUUCAACAUCCAAUACAAAUUGGUGGCCCUCAACCAAAUAAUUGGCAAAUGAUACAAAAAUUAGCUAGACAUGUUUGGCCUGCCAGAGGCGAAUGGAAUGUUAAAAGAAGAGUAAUAUUAGCUAUGACAUUAUUGGUUGCAGCGAAAUUAUUAAAUGCUACAGUACCCUUUCUCCUCAGAGAUGUAAUUAAUUAUUUUGAUGGAAAACUUCCUUCUGGGUUUUCAUCUCUAGGUUUGUCAACGCCAAGUGGAGCUGUCCUUUCAACUGGAAUUGCUUUAAUUAUUGCAUAUGGUGCUGCUAGGGCAGGGACUUCUCUUUUUAAUGAGAAAUGCUGUUUUUGCACGUGUUGCCCACCGCUCAAUUCGUGACAUUGCUCGAAAUAUUUUUCUACAUUUACAUAGUCUCGAUUUAUCUUAUCAUUUAAAUAGGCAAACUGGGGCUCUUUCCAAAGCUAUUGAUAGAGGUACUCGAGGAAUGAGUACAACAUUAAAUUCG